GUAACAUCUGCAUUAGGCCUCCAAUGAAUACAAGAAUCCGUGACGGCGGUAUAGCAUUCAGAUUUCAUGAUUCGCUUUUUCGCAGCUAUAUACAAUUCCGGUCGUCGCUGAGAUAUCCCAUCGAUCGACAUCAACAACCUAUCAUCCAUGGCGGUGCGGGCGACGGUCUCCCGCUUCCCGGUGGACGCCGACGCCCUCGAAUCCUCCGGCCUCCCCUGGGGCGCCACCGUCACGCCCUUCGCCCCCGCCGAUGAGCGCGGCGCCGUUCCCAUCUACGGUUCUGGCGGCCACCUCCUCCCUCGCUGCGACAACUGCUGGGCCUACCUCAGCACCCUCUGCGAGCUGGAGCGCUGGGGCUGGACCUGCGCCCUCUGCGGCUCCUUCAACGGCCUCGACUCCGCCACCCUUGACCGAUACGCCCGCCCCCACGACUGCCCUGAGUUGUCUUCCUCCUUCAUCGACCUCGAGAUCCCAGUGGAGGGAUCUGGCGAAGCGGAGAUACAGGCUCGACCGGUCUAUGUAGCGGCGGUGGAUUUGUCUUCUUCUGAAGAGUUCUUAGAACUUGUCAAAAGUUCUCUUCUAGCAGCUCUUGAAGCUUUGGUGCCAGGAUCCUUGUUUGGUCUGGUUACAUUCAGUCACAAGGUCGGGAUAUAUGAUGUUCAAGGUCCGAUAGCAGUUGUGAAAAAUGUUUUCAUCCCUCCUGAUUCAGAAGGCAGAUUACCUGUUGAUCUUGAAGAUGUCAUGCCAUUGCUUUCAUUUUUAGCUCCAGUGGAAACUUGCAAGGAUCGUAUUGCUGCUGCCCUUGAGACACUGAAGCCUACAACUUCCUGGGAGAGAACAACUGCUGCAGGGCAAGGACUUGAUGGUGUGUUGCUAGGUGGCAGGGGAUUUGGAGUAGCCAUGACAGCUCUCAUUGAUUACCUUAGUUCAGAAUAUGGGAGUACAUUUGCAUUGGCUAGGGUAUUUGUGUUUUUGUCUGGUCCUCCAGAUUAUGGAGCUGGACAGUUAGAUACAGGACGCUAUGGGGAACAGUAUGCCAGCAAGAGGGAAGAUGCAGACCGUGCUUUGCUUCCUGAACAGACACCAUUCUACAAGGAUCUGGCUGCUAUUGCUGUUCAAGCAGGUGUUUGUGUGGACAUUUUUGCUGUUACAGAUGAAUACACAGAUUUGGCUUCCCUUAAAUAUCUUAGUAUCGAAAGUGGUGGUUCUUUGUUUCUUUAUGCAAACAUGGAUGAUUCUACUCUUCCACAAGACAUGUACCGAAUGCUGAGUCGCUCAUACGCAUUUGGUUGUAUAUUAAGAUUGAGGACAUCUUCCGAGUUCAAAAUUGGUUACUCGUAUGGUCAUUUUUUUCCAGAUCCCCAGUAUGAAAGUGUUCAACAUAUCAUCUGCUGUGAUCCUUUUGCCACAUAUGCAUAUGACUUUGAGUUUGCCAAUUCUAGCGGUUUCUCCAGGCAUACAGAACCUCCAGUUCUACAGGUUGCAUUUCAGUAUAGUAUUAUUGUUCCUCGGGAGGAUACUGGCAUUUCUGAAUCAAAUUCUUCCACAAGUUCAAAGUUUUGCCUCAAAAGACGGCUAAGAAUAAGGACACUGCAGUAUGGAUCAGCGUCAAAUAUAAAUGAACUCUAUGACAGUGUUGAUCCUGAAGCUUUGUUAUCCAUUCUUGUUCAUAAGGUAAUUUUAGCUACCUUUAAGGAAGGGGUCAGAGAGGGCAGGAUGUUGCUCCAUGAUUGGCUGGUCAUUCUUACUGCUCAAUACAAUGAUGCCUAUAGACUUGUGUACAACAACAUCGGGAAUGCAACUUCGCAUGUUGAUGUUGCAUUCUUGCAAUGUCCACAAUUGCAGCCCAUACCUCGGCUUAUUUUUGCCUUGCUGAGGAAUCCUCUUCUCCGCUUACAUGAAGAAGGCAUUCACCCAGAUUAUCGAAUAUACUUGCAAUGCCUCUUCAGUGCACUGGAGCCCACACCCCUUCAACGAGCAAUAUAUCCAUUACUUUCUUCUUACACUACACCAGACCAACAAGCAUAUCCACGCCACUCUUUAAGUCACGCUGCUCUCGUCACGAGCGGAAGCCCCAUAUUCCUCUUGGAUGCCUUCACUAAUAUUAUUGUGUACUAUUCUCCGACAGCUGAUUCUUCAAUUCCCUUUCCUCCCCCUCAUGAUUGCCUUCUACGAGCAACAAUCAACAAGUUGAAGCAAGAGAGGAAUAUUACACCAAAGCUUACGUUCAUCCGUGGAGGGCAGGACGAUGCCACUGCGUUCGAGAAAUAUCUCAUCGAAGAGCAAAGCAUUGAUGGAAGCGAUCUUUCCAGCAUCAUGGGGUUUGUUUCUUUUCUUGAGGAGAUCUCCCGGGGUGUACUAGAGUACCUCAAGUAGAAACUUCUUAGAUCAAUGCAAGGGUCAAAUAGUGUCUUAUUUAGAGGUAGACCAUUAUAACCCCAAGUGUUAGCAUUAUUAUUACGAUGUUUCAUUGCUUCCGGCUUCUUUCUUUUCCUGUUCUUUCUUUUUGGGAUCAGAACAGCAUGCCAAAGAACAUCAUGAUUUUGGACCCUUGUGCGUUGAAAUAGCAAAAUGUUGUAUUCACUGUUAUUA